CGCCCCGCCCGCUAACCAAGCGUCUUUGGGAGCUGCGCGUGCGCCCGCGCGCGCGCUUUGAAGCCUACACAUAACGAGGGAAGCGGGGAGGCGCUUUCUUCUCCCUCUUUCUUCCCCUCCCCCCCUCCUUCUUUCCCCCUAGCAUGGCAACCGUGGCGUUUGGGCGCGUGUUGGCGAGGGGCCGCAGCUGCAGCACAGCGGUCAAAGCGAGAAAGCUGCUGGUGGGCUCGAAGAUGGUAAGGCUAAUCUGCAUUAGCACUUCAGCAUCCCAGAAGAAAAGUAAUGCUCCUCCAGGACCUAAAAAAUAUACAGAAUCUUUUAUUAAAAAACAGAUUGAAGAGUUCAACAUAGGAAAGAGACAUUUAGCUAACAUGAUGGGAGAAGAUCCAGAAAGUUUUACCCAAGAGGAUAUUGAUAAAGCAAUUGCCUAUUUAUUUCCUUCUGGUCUAUUUGAUAAAAGGGCCAGGCCUUUGAUGAAGCACCCUGAGGAAGUGUUUCCAAAGACAAGUGUUAUUCAAUGGGAUGAAGAUGGUCGUCCAUUUAAUUUUCUUUUUUAUACUGGCAAGCAGUCAUACUAUUCUUUAAUGCAUGAGUUGUACAGUAAGCUACUGCACAUUCAAAAUUAUCAAAAUCAACUGAAUGCUCAAGGAUUGCUCUCUGAGGAUAAAGCACCUAUGAACUUGAUUGGCAGCAGAUGGCUGAUUAAAGAGGAAUUGGAAGAAAUGUUAGUGGAAAAACUGUCAGAUCAAAAUUAUUUAAGGUAUGUUCAGCUGCUGGAAAGAUUAGUAUCACUGCCAUACUGUGAUAUGGAACAAGAUUAUCUGCUUAAAUUUCGCAAGGAAUUACCUAUACAAUCCAAAAAACAAUCAUUUGAACCCCUAAAAUAUGAUGAGCGAGGAGUGGCCUUUAGCACUGCAGAAGGUAAGAGAAAGUCAGCAACAGCAACUGCUACACUUCAUGCAAAUGGAAAUGGAAAAUUUACCAUAAAUGGAGAUAAUUAUUUACUUUAUUUUCCAGUGUUGCAGGACAGAGAACAGCUGAUGUUCCCAUUCCAAUUUCUUGAUCACUUAGAAAAGUAUGACGUGGUCUGCACCGUAUCUGGAGGAGGAAGAAGCGGACAAACAGGAGCAAUUCGCUUAGCCAUAGCAAGAGCUUUAUGUAGUUUUAUUACUGAAGAUGAAGUAGAAUUCAUGAGGCAAGCUGGUCUCCUCACUCCUGAUCCACGUGUAAGAGAACGGAAAAAGCCUGGCCAAAAGGGAGCCCGCAGAAAGUUCACCUGGAAGAAGCGCUGAAAAUGAAAAUGUUAUAUUUUAUAGGAAUUCAUCUUUGUAAUUAAACUGUAUUUUUCCUUCCCUUCCA